CAGUAGUUCACUUCACUAUCAGCGAGGAUGCAGAAAAUAAUUUAUCAAAGAGAACUCGACCGCGUGCCUGAUUUGUUCGUGUCGUAGAUUAUGGUAAUAAAUCGAAAAAUGAACUAUAAGUUUGACCGGGGUUAUGAAGUUAUGAUCAUAGUAUACUCCCUCUGAAUAAGUGAUAAAAGUUUGCUUUGUGUAACAAUUUUAUUUUAUACGUAGAUAGUCAAGAUCAAAUUACAGUUUUAAUAGAAUUGAUGUUCAAAAGCCUUUCAUCGGAUUGGUAUCGUAUGAAAGAAUCAAAUAAUAUUUUGGAAAAUGGAUUUGGAACCAAAGGAAAACUCAGAACUACUGACUAAAGUACGUAAUGUGGAGGUGAGAAGUGCCGAGAUACCGAAGCCCGAAACAAAUGGAAAUGUGCGUGGAAAUAAUGAUGAGUUCGCAAGUGGUCCCCCUGAUGGGGGGUUCAGAGCAUAUUCUGUGCUGGUGGGCUCAUUCCUCACAAAUGGCCUUCUCUUUGGUGUGAUAAAUUCAUAUAGUGUGAUAUAUACAGUGAUGUCAAAACAACUGAAGGAACAAAAUGUACCAAACUUUGAGAGCAAAGCAUCUCUGGUGGGCAGCCUGGCGAUGGGAACGACGUUCCUGCUGUCGCCGCUGUCGGGCGUGCUGACCGCGCUGAUGGGGCUGCGUCGCACCGCCGUGCUCGGUGGCACCAUCGCCGCCUCUGGCCUCCUUCUAUCCUCUUUCGCCACCGAUCACGUCGAUAUUCUAUGCUUCACUUACGGGGUCCUAUAUGGACUAGGCGCAUCUCUCGCCUACACGCCCUCCCUCGCCAUUCUUGGCCACUACUUCAAAAAAUAUCUUGGCCGCGUCAAUGGCAUCGUCACCAUAGGCAGUUCUAUUUUCACAGUCAUGAUGCCUCCUCUCAUGAAACAUCUUAUUGAAGACUACGGCCUCGACUGGAUGUUCAGAGUCCUAGCUAUAUUUACAUUUGGAAUUGCGCUUUGUGGUAUUUUAUUUAAACCUAUUCCUUUAUUGGUUAUAGAAAAACCAUUAAAGGAAGAUAACUGUACCUCACUUAUUAAAACUAUAGUGAGUGUUGAAAUUUGGAAAAAUAAGAAAUAUAGAUUGUGGGCGUUGUCGAUGCCCGUGGCACUAUUCGGAUACUUUGUACCUUAUGUGCACAUAGGCAAAUUCGUUGAAACUUUCGAUAAAGUAUACAACAAUGUACCUAUACAAUGCAUAGCGGCCACUUCUGGGGUAGGGAGACUAGUUUUCGGAUUCCUCGCGGAUAAGCCUGGUAUCGACCGCAUUCUGUUGCAGCAGAUUUCGUUUUAUGUCAUAGGAAUCCUUACUAUUAUUUUGCCAUUUGUUAAUUCCUUUGCAUUUAUAAUUGUUAUUUCGUUAGGAAUGGGCGUGUUCGACGGCGCAUUUAUUGCCCUAAUUGGGCCUAUAGCGUUUGAGUUAGUUGGCGGUGCCCACGCGGCGCAGGCUAUCGGUUGCAUGUUGGGUCUUGCGGCGGUUCCGCUUUCCAUCGGUCCGCCGUUCGCAGCCUAUCUGCACGGUUUAUAUGAUUCCUAUACCUUGCCAUUCGUUCUCGCCGGCAUUUCUCCGCUGGUUGGCGCCACUCUCAUGUUUACCAUACGUCUUUAUCGCAAGCCAGGAAUUCAAAAACGCCAGAAUCUAGACAAGGGUGGUAGCAUAAAUGGGAAAUUAUCUUCAAAUGACAUUGAAAAACUUUCGGGAUCUGGCCCUCUUCCAAAUGGCGAUAAUCACCAUGAUCGGAUGGUUAAUACUUCCUUAUAACCAGAUAAAUUUUGGCUUUAAGUAGCCUUAACAACGCAACUGCCGAACACAUUUCAGAAAACGCAAAAUGUCAGGUAUAUUGAUUAUAGAUGUAAGUUAUAUUUAUAUAGAUGGGUAUGCAAUACCGUAUUUGUACAAACUCAAGUUUUGUGCCAGUAGUUGUAAAUUAUUUCAGUGAUAAAAAAUGUGAAAAAAACAAUUGUAGAUAGGUUUUAAAAAAUGCUUGCUCCUAAUGGAUCAGCCGUUUGUUAAAAAAAAUCGUUAUGUUCAUUGAACUUAAGUACUUAUAUUAUGUACGUAUGAUACCGGCGCAGGCGCCGGCGUGCUGCAACUUCGCGGCCGGAGGCAGGAUAUUUCUACCUCGCUUACCAUACGUGUAUGUGCAUAAUGCAUAUAUCACGUUUGAUAUUGUACACUUUAUUGUAUGAUAAAAAGGCAUAAAAUGAAAUGAGUUUUCAAAUGUAGUUUUUGCAGAUAUAUUAUGCGGAGGCAGAUUUAGCUAACACCUCACGUACUUCAAUAUUUUCAUAUUUUCGACUUUGUAUGUAAGCAUUUUAAACUAUUCUUUCAACUCCUAAUAUUAUGCAAAAAAUAUUUUGUUUAUUGAUAAAAUUUAAUAUUGGUACGGUCGAGCUCAUAAAGUUAUAUAACCACAUUUUUUUAAUAGUACAUAUGUUUGUAAGAUUAUGUGCAUUUAUGCAAUUAAAUAAAUAUUUAUGAUGUCGACUGUAUCUUUUUUUAUGCAUUUUUAAUUUUACUCUGAUUGUAAAACAUUUACCAUUUAAACGUUCCUAGAUAGAUUAGUUAUAUUAUGUUGUCAUAUUUUAUGUAAUGUUUAGUUAAGAAUAAGAUUAAAUCAUAGAUAUUAAAGUUAAUAUUGACAAUAAUAUAUAAUUAUUUGAAACGUUUAGGUACAUUAAAUUAUUUACGACAGUUAAAUAGUAUAACAAAGUAGGUGAUAUAUUUAUGUAUUUUAAAAUGGUACAGUUUAC